ACAGCUUGCCAGGAAGACGAUCAGACAAUGCCGUCAAGUGUUCGAAUUGUUGACAGUUUGAAAGUAUACGAGACUUUGUCUUUUCAUUGUUUUUAUUCAAAGUAGAAUGUCAACGGUCGAAGAGAACAUAUCGCAGAUUGUAAAUGUUCUUUCACUAGUUAGUUGUCCAUUAAUCGUCAGAUCUGAUGAUUGGUGGAUCGAGGAGUUAUUGUUUACGCCAGGGAAACCCCGUACAGAUUUAAUUCUUUGGAUAACGUCGAAGGCAAUCGAAAGUUCAUUACCUUCAAAUUUACGGUUACAACUAAAAUUACAAGAUCUUGAUUGUUCGGCCACCCUUGCUUCUUCUACUAGCAUUCUCAAGCUUCCAGAGACUGAUGAAGCUAUCCUUGGAUUUUGGUGUGGUGCCUAUGUCUGCACAAAAAAAGAUUUACCCUUUAUAAAGGGUGAUAUGCCAAGAAAUCUUCAAAUAAAGUACUGGAUUCGUUUAAUCAAGGCGCUUGAAGUUAUUACAAAAUCCCAUGUUAACACAAAUCUUGCAUUUGGUGUAGGCCUAAUGAAUAAUAUUGUUUCAAUGGAUAACUUUUUGGAUGCUUUUAGCAUGAAAGCUUCAUUACUGUCUGCUGAUGUGGAAAGUGAAAUUAAGCAAAUGCCAAAGGAGAGGUCUGAAAAGUGGUGUACAAAGAAACAAAGUACGCCAGGGCGGAAUUUGCAGAAUGAUAAAUUGCUUAUUCAUAACUUUCUUGAACAAGCUAAUAGAUUAAAUUCUGCUGCUGAUCAGUUUAGUGAUAUUUUCAAGGCUGAUUUAAAUGUCUGCCUUCCCAAAAAUAAGACCUCUGAUCCAGUUAUUGAAUUUGGGGAUGAAAUUAGUGUUUUAAGUACCAAGCUUACAGCUUGGAAACAGGGAAUGGAUUCACUGCUUGAGUUACAACAAAGUAAUGCUUCUGAGAUUAAUCUGAAUAAAUCCGAAAACCUCUUUAAACGUUCGGUUAGUAACGAAUCCUUCGUUAGGUUUCAAAAGCUUUGGGGAAGUGACUGAUUUUCUGUAUUAAAAACAUUAAUAUACCGACAUCUUGUAAAUACACAUAAUUAUACAA